AAAUGUCCACUAAAAGUGACUGAAGUCUCAGUUACUAUCGUACUGUUAGAUGGUCUUUCACGUCAGCCUGUAUGCGGGUCUCGACGAUUAAUUGAUUAAUUUUUAUUUGUUUUUUCUAGUCACACAUACGAUUAAGAUGUUCCCACAAAGUACACAGAAGAAAUAUUGGAUGUUCAGCGAUGAGGCUGACUUAACCACGUUAAGGGAGAAAACUAAUGCUGAUUUUAUCGUAAAACACGGAGCUAACCUGACUCCGGAACAGAAGGAAGAACACUUCCUUUCACACACAGAGGAACGUACACUUCUUCGUUUCUAUGAAUUACAACUGAGGGACUUCUGUCGCCGUUUUAAUCCACCAAUGCCUCGUGCCACUGUAGCCACUGCUUUACAUUACUUUAAAAGGUUUUAUCUUAGAAACAGCGUAAUGGAUUAUCAUCCGAAGGAAAUCUUGGUCACUUGUGUUUACCUAGCAUGCAAAGUUGAAGAAUUUAAUGUUUCGAUAUCUCAAUUCGUGGCAAAUAUUAAAGGUGAUAGAGAAAAAGCAUCUGAUAUCAUUCUUAACAAUGAACUGCUUCUAAUGCAGCAGUUGAAUUAUAACCUCACAGUUCACAAUCCAUUUAGACCCGUGGAAGGAUUAAUGAUUGAUAUUAAGACGAGAUACAUGUCUUUGGAAAAUCCUGAGAAAUUAAGACAAUAUAUAGAUGAGUUUUUAGAGAGGGUUUUCCUGACAGACAGUGUCCUUCUUUAUGCUCCAAGUCAGGUUGCACUGGCUGCAACUUUGCAUGCAGCAUCCAGAGCUUCUGCAAACUUAGACAAUUAUGUUACUGAUAUAUUGUUCUCGAGGGAACAAUUAGGAGGAAUUAUAGAAGCUGUUCGCAAAAUACGCACAAUGGCUAAAUGUGUGGAGCCACCAUUACGGGAAGUAGUAAGAGCUUUAGAAAAGAAAUUAGAUAAAUGCAGAAACCAAGAGAAUAAUCCUGAUAGUGAAAUAUACAAGCAAAGAAUGCAAGAAAUGCUGGACGAAGAAGAUUUACAGGACAGUGAGAGGUAUGCUAAAAUUAUUCAAGAUCAAGCAGCCCACGAUGAAAAAAUUUUGGGAGUUGGUAAAAUAUUAUCUCCUUCUGUUCUUUGAUAUGUAUAUACUUUACUGGUUGUAAUAAAAAUCUUAUCUUAUUUUACUGGUUGUAAUAAAAAUCUUACACAAGAA